CCUGAGCAAGAAUCCAAGCAUGGAGAGGUGGACCGUGGUGGAGCUGCAAAGAAACUCAACGAAUUGGGUUACGUUGGUGGAAGAAAUUGUGAAGUUGGAGAAAAAGAUAUUCCCAAAACACGAAUCCCUUGCUAAAUCCUUUUGACGAAGAACUGAAAAAGAGGAACUCUGGAUUGCUUUACGUCGAUCUUGAUGGAGAAGUCACCGGCUACGUCAUGUAUUCCUGGCCUUCGUCACUUUCUGCAUCUAUCACAGAACUUGCAGUGAAGGAAAGUCAUGGAAGGCAAGGCCAUGGGGACGCACUACUUAAAGCAGCUAUUGAGAAGUGCAGAAGCAGACCCAUCUAAUGAAUUUCACUUCAUGUUGAUCCCCUGAGGUCACCUGCUAUGGGUCUCUACAAGAAGCUGGGAUUUCAAGUUGACAGCUUGAUCAAAAGUUACUACUCUUCUGAUCGAGAUGCCUAUAGGAUGUAUUUAGACUUUGAUGAAAAUUAGUUGGAUUUUGAUUUUUUAUGCCUAUAGGAACUCAACUUGACCAAGGGAGGCUGUUAGAUUGAUUCAAGUGAAGACAUCUGUGUGGCUGAAAAAUAAAUCUGUGGCCUGCAUUUUCUCCAUUCAUGAUAGGAAUACUUUACCAUGGCUUUGUGCAAGUUUGAUGAUGAAUAUAGGAAAGAGUUGAAGUUCGCCAGAAAAAAACAACAACUACCUGGCCAAGCAAUAAUAAGUACAACAGGCAGAUAGUUACCAUGGUUUUAUGUUAUGUGAGUUCUUGUGUAUCCUAAUUUGCUUGUGAGAAUGUAAUAUCUUUAAUGCUUGUACUCAUAUUAAUUUAUUUUUGCAAUUGGUCGAUUAAAAAAGAAGGUUGGAU